CUAAUUCUUUCGAGCGCUCUCCUCCUCCCCCCGUCCUUCAUGUCUCUCAAACCCUAUUUUUUCCUGUAAGAUCUCCAGGUCUCCUUGUCAUCGUCGUCGUACGAGGAGGAGGCCAUCCACAUCCUACCCGCAUUCAUUGGGUGGCGCUGCGCAAUCGCACCUCGACACCCUACCUCAAUCUAUUGCGAUACCCUCCGGCGGUGGCGCGACAGUUCCGGCGCCUCGCGGAGGAAAAGAUGGCCCAUGGCCGGCAGGAGAUCGCCGCCCUCGAGGAUAUCCUCUUCAAACGCGACCAGGCUGUGCAAGCCCUAACAUGCGUGGUCCAGGCAUACCGCCACCGCCGCCUCAGCUACGAAAUCGGCGUCGAUGAGUUCGACACGCCUCCUUCGGGACCGCAAACACCUGGCACGGCCACCUCAACGCCCACUUGCGCCUCCGGCUCCCAAUUCGACGCAUACCCGGCAUUGCGAUGCGCUGACGAUUCCGCCAACGACCACGACAAGUACCCCUCCGUGGAGACCCCUCGUGCCGCUGAUUCACCCCGCGAUCCAUUUCGCCAUCGCAACUUCCAGCUGGAGCGAGUGAGAAGCGGCAGUUUCCGCAUUUACAAGGACACAGGAGUCUCAGUGAGGCUGUCUCCGCGUCGGCGGUGGAGCUAUCUGAGGAGCUUAUCCUACGGAAGCUUAGCCUCCCACGUCGAACACCCGGUCGACUGCGCAUCCGACUCACCAACUGCGUUGCGAGGUACGACAUUAGCGACAGAGUCUACCCAUGGACGCCGUCCAUGGAGCGAGAGAGAACUUCGUGAGUUGGCCGAGAGAGCUCCAUGGCAACACAGGAAUUGAGGAUGAGCCGCAAAAAAGGGAAUUUAAAAGGCUUGACACGAGGUUGCAGGCGCUCGAGGUGGAUAGGGAGUCUGAUGCCGAAGAGUUUAAUCUCCAUGGGCAUGGACAAGGCUCAAAUAGCACUUCUGAGAGAGAUCGCGCAACAAAUGUGCAAAGAAGCGGCAACUGAAAUAAAGGUGGUGAAGAGGUCCUCUUCCAUCAAGAAGUCUUCUUCACUUAUGUCAAAGAUUAAGAUUUACAUUUGGCUUAGUACCCAACAAUGCUCGACUAGUGCUGCUGCUGGAAAAGUCCUCUUCCCGUUUGAAGCACAAGAGGCUCCUCUCAAAAGCACAGGGAUGACAAGCUGAAACCGUCCAUCUUACCGGCUCUUGUUCUCAUUUUUGCUUUCAAAAGUGCAAUUCUUUCCAUUGAGGCUUCCCAAGAAGAAAGAUCUAGUUUCAACUCUCAUGUUGGUGUACAUGCGGUACUCAAAAUUGUUGAAUGUAUCCAUUCUUUUUUAGCUCAGCACUUAUUGCUCGUAUUGGAGAUUUGUUUCAAUUUGUAAGCACGAGUCAUACAGAAAGGUCCACCAAAGCUUUUUAUUUCA